GGUUAUGUUUACAAUUUGAUUGUCAUCCUUCAAGGUUUUCCAUAUUUUUAUUUGUAUUACUUAAUACCUAUUUAUGUGAAAAUGAAAAACGCGGAAUUUCCUGAAAAGUUCUACACCAUUUCUUCAUAUACCGCCAAAGAAGAAUUGAUAAGUUCCGAUGUGGGAGAUAUUUAAACCCUUUACCACUGUGUUGUUGGCAUUAAAAAUAUAAUGGCGUGUUUUUGGUUACACCAAAACGAAACGUCAAUAAACAUCCCAGGAGUGGAGGAAAUCAGUGCUGUGACCUAUUAUAAGAUCGAAAUAAAUGUCGGUGAUGUAAAAUGGGGAGUUUCACAUCGCUAUAAUGACUUUUACGAUCUCCAUAAUAUUUUAGUUGUGGAUCAUGGUGUAUCGAAAGACAUAUUGCCGCCGAAAAAAGCGAUACGAAAUAAAACGCCCGAGUUUAUCGAGACUAGGAGGCGAGGUCUGGAAGCUUACCUGCGAAGCGUGUUGAAUUACUUAAAACGAACGAUGCCGAAAGUCUUCGUCGAGUUUUUGAAUUUUCACGCAUUCGACAUUUAUUUCAUGUUGCAAAAUUUAGCGCUCCACCUCUACUUCGAGGCCGAUAACGUUCUGUGCUCUACGAAGAGCUAUAAGUUUAACCCGUUGCAGUUACACGCAAUAAGUGAAUGCUUUAAAAGACCGUUUCCGGAAAUCGAACAUAAUGAUAUUCGAUGCGAUUUGAGCAACGUUAUGGAUUUCUGCUCUCAGCUGCAGCACUUGUGUGUAGUUGGCUCAUUAGCGAAGUUUCAAUCUAGUAAUUUAAUACCCAAUCGACUUCCUUUUGAGCUUUCUGCAUUUAAGUCAUUGCAGUUCUUAGAAGUUGGCGGCAUUAAUUUCGAACAGCUAUACAGUACAGGGACCUUGCGAAGUCUACUUCAAAACAUACGGGUUCAUAAGACGGCCGUGACCAGUAUUUCACAAAUUUUACUAUGCGAUGUUCUACAUAAGUCGGUUGUAAAUCAGAGCGAGAUUUGGACGGCGAUCACAAAAAUAGACUUUAGUAAAAAUAAUCUUACGAAUAUUGACGAAUCAAUUCAGCUAGUGCCUAAUGUAAAAGUCCUUUUACUCGAUCACAAUAAGAUAUCUAGUAUUUCAAAUUUAUCGUUUUUGACGCAAUUGGUUCACUUGAGCCUGUCUGACAAUUUAAUUAGUAGUUGCGAUCAGCUGCAUACGAAGUUAGGAAAUAUACGGACACUGGAUUUGUCGCAAAAUGCCAUUGUGUCUCUACGAGGUUUUUCCAAACUGUACUCUCUGGAGAGCCUCGAUAUCAGUUUUAAUAAAGUAAGUGAGGUCGAGGACGUCACCUGUAUAGGCGAUCUCCCGUGUUUAGAAAAUUUGAUUCUGAUGGGCAAUAGUGUAGCUACCACCGUUGAUUACCGUAUGAAAGUAUUAGAGCCGUUCGGCGAGCGGUCAAAAGACAUUUGUUUAGAUAAUGAAAAACCAUCGCAGUCAGAAAUUGACAAGGUUUUGAUAUUGAGAGCUCUUAGAAUAGUUAAGGAAGGUAAAAUGCCUAGCUUUAAACAUAGCUUUUCUAGUUUGUAGCAGUUAUGUAAUAAAUUUUAUUUAUAUUUA